CGUAGAUCUAGGUGGCUAGGUACCGAUUGUUUUUAUCAUAACAAUGCCCACUUAUUAAAAUAUUAAUUUUUCGUUUGGCAUAAGAACACAGAACUUGAGAAUAUCAUGUAGUGAAAGUGCAUCUUCAACAUUAUGCUUUCUGUCUACAGACUAAUGUGUGACUGUGAGUGAAUUUUUUGCAUAAAAUCGGAAAUAAUCCAAACAGUGAACAAUUAGAUCAAAUAGAUAAGUAACUAUCGUUGUACCAUUUUGUUUUUCAUUUUUUUUCAAUUUUAAAUCCAGAUUUUUAUUUAAAAAUUCUACUUAUUAGUAUCACGUUCAGAAAAAUUGAUUUUUAAAAUAAAUAUGAGCAUUGUGCUAAUGUUUGUGUGCUUGAUAAUCGCGUUUCUGGUGAAUUUCACUCGAAAAACUAGAAAUAGAAGAUUUUACCAGCUACUCGAACAAUUUCCAACACAUCCAAGCUACUAUCCUUUAAUUGGAAAUGCCCAAUUGUUGGCAGGUUCGCUUGAAGGGGUACUGGAGAAAGUGGAAAAAAUAAUGAAGCCAUAUGAUCGUUUGGUGUACUGGUUGGGCCCAUUACCAGUAUUGGUAUUGAAAAAAUUUGACGAUAUUUCGGCAAUUCUCAAUCAAAGCGUUGAUCGCGAAGAUAUCGACAUUAUGAAAGAAUGGCUUGGAACAGGAAUUCUAAACGCCAAAUACGAAGAAUGGAAAAAAUCCAGAAGAGUUUUGUCUCCGGCCUUCAGUUCAGAUAUGUUACCAAAAUACGCGCAAGUUUUCGAUAAAAAUGCAUCAAAGCUUAUCGAUAAGCUCAGAAAUAUUGCAGACAAUGAUGAACAAACAGACGUUUUGGACUGGAUAAGGAAUGCGAAUUUGGACUCCAUCGUAGAAAAUUCAAUGGGAAUGUCGAUUGAAAGCUGUGGAAAAGCUGGAGAAAACUUUUGUUAUUCGAUCAUGGAAGCAAUGAAGCAAGGAACAAAACGUAUCCAAUAUCCUUGGCUCAUACCACAUUAUAUUUAUAUGGUUUAUGCAAAGUUGACUGGGAAAAUGAAGAAUAUUGAACAUUUGCAGUAUCUACCUACCAAAAUAUUAAAGGACAAAAUGAAAAAUAAUCGAGUUCCACAAGAUGAAAAUAAUCCAAACCAUAAUGGUAUUGUAGUUGAUUCGACCAAAACAAUUAUCGACCUACUCAUCAAGAAAAGUCCAACAGAAUCUGGUUUCGAUGAAAUGCGAAUGAGAGACGAAUUACUACUGAUGACGAUUGGGGGAGUGGAAACAACAGCACUGACUGUGAGCUCUCUAAUGCUAAUGUUGGCAAUAAAUCAGGAUAUUCAGCAAAAAGCUUAUGAAGAAGUCACACAACUAACAACAAAUCAAGAGGGACUGACUGAAGAUCAUUCGACCACUGAUUUCAAGUACUUGGAACAAUGUAUCAAGGAAACCUUAAGAAUGUUUAGUCCAAUAAUGGUAACCAGCAGACGAACUCAUAAAGAAAUUGUAUUGAAAGAUAACAAAGUGGUACCAGCAAAUAUGUUCGUUGCAACCUUGAUACAUUUAGCAAAUUACGACGCUGAUUUGUACGAAAAUCCAGAUAAAUGGGAUCCGGAACAUUUCAGUGAACAAGCAGUAGAAAAACGACCCAAAAAUAGCCAACUGAGUUUCGGUUAUGGAUCGAGAUCUUGUAUAGGAGCGAAAUACGCAAUGAUGUCUAUCAAAACGUUAAUCAUUCACAUUAUACGCAAUUAUCAUUUAUCAACCAGUCUUAAAGAAUUUACAAAGGAGAAUUUGAAAACGGAUCUUUGCAUCAGAAGUAAAAUUGGAUAUCCUAUCAAAUUAACAAGCAGAUGAGAUGAUAAGAGAGGACAACUGAUUCGUGGAAUUGUUUGUUGAUUUUGAUUUUAUCGACGAGUUAAUCAUUAAACCUACAAUAUUUGAAGAAAAAAUUUAGUGAACUAAACAUUUUGUAAAUUGACAAGUCAAUUUUCACAAAUUCAUCUUCUGAUUUCAGUUUGCAAAGGCAAAAUAUAAUUUUAGAGUUCUUAA